CAGACUGACGGAACUGGCACUGAGCAGCGAUUCGGGGGGAGCCGUAACACUACGUAGAAAAAGCCAUUACACCCCAAAUACCAGUGGGUUUUUUUUAUCGUAAUUGUUGAGGAAAACAAUCUGCGGGAGCUAGGAAGGAUCUCGGGAUACAAUUACAAACGGGUGGUCGAGGAAAGCGGUGUAUUCCCCCCACCCCAUCCCCCCCAACAACCAACUCCGCAGAUGAACUCCGUCAGAGCCGCCAGCAGGAGACCCAGGCGAGUGUCGAGGCCGCGCCCGCUGCAGCCCGAACGGAACAACGGGGAGAGAGAUGAGGAGGCUCCUGCAGCAGCUGCAGCAGAGAUGGCUAUGGAGGAGUCCGGUCCAGGAGCUCAGAACAGUCCCUAUCAGCUUCGACGCAAGACCCUACUUCCCAAGAGAACCGCUGCUACCUCUGCCACUGCCUCUGCUUGUCCCAGCAAGGGCCCAAUGGAGGGAACAUCCGCGUCAUCAACAGAGGCCUUUGGCCAUCGAGCAAAGCGGGCACGGGUGUCUGGUAAGAGCCACGAUCUACCAGCAGCACCAGCAGAGCAGUAUCUGCAACAGAAGCUUCCAGAUGAGGUUGUUUUAAAGAUCUUCUCAUACUUACUGGAGCAGGAUCUGUGCCAGGCAGCUUGCGUCUGUAAAAGGUUCAGCCAGCUAGCCAAUGACCCCAUCCUGUGGAAACGCCUGUACAUGGAGGUGUUUGAGUACACACGUCCCAUGAUGCACCCUGAGUCAGGAAGGUUCUAUCAGGUCAGCCCUGAGGAGCAUGAACACCCAAACCCCUGGAAGGAGAGUUUCCAGCAGCUGUACAAAGGCGCCCAUGUAAAACCAGGCUUUGCUGAGCAUUUCUACAGUAACCCUGGCAGAUACAAGGGCAGAGAAAACAUGCUGUAUUACGACACCAUUGAAGAUGCUCUUGGUGGGGUCCAAGAGGCCCAUUUUGAUGGUCUAAUCUUUGUCCACUCGGGUAUCUAUACAGAUGAAUGGAUUUACAUAGAGUCGCCCAUCACGAUGAUCGGUGCAGCGCCUGGUAAGGUAGCUGAUAAGGUGGUGAUAGAGAAUACUAGGGACUCAACAUUUGUCUUCAUGGAGGGUUCAGAGGAUGCGUAUGUGGGCUACAUGACAAUCAGGUUUAAUCCUGAUGAUAAGUCGGCACAGCACCAUAAUGCCCACCACUGCCUGGAGAUCACAGUCAACUGCAGCCCAAACAUCGAUCACUGCAUCAUCCGCUCCACAUGUACAGUGGGUUCGGCUGUAUGUGUGAGCGGCCAGGGAGCAUGUCCAACCAUCAAGCACUGUAACAUCAGUGACUGUGAGAACGUUGGACUUUACAUUACAGAUCAUGCACAGGGCAUUUAUGAAGACAAUGAAAUUAGCAACAAUGCCCUAGCAGGAAUUUGGGUGAAAAACCAUGGCAAUCCCAUCAUUAGGCGUAACCACAUCCACCACGGACGAGAUGUUGGAGUGUUCACAUUUGAUCAUGGCAUGGGUUACUUUGAAAACUGUAACAUCCAUAGAAACCGCAUAGCAGGUUUUGAGGUCAAGGCCUACGCUAAUCCCACAGUGGUGCGGUGUGAGAUCCACCACGGCCAGACUGGAGGCAUCUAUGUCCACGAGAAGGGGCGAGGACAGUUCAUAGAGAACAAAAUCUAUGCUAAUAACUUUGCUGGUGUGUGGAUCACCUCCAACAGUGACCCAACAAUACGAUCAAACGCUAUAUUCAACGGUAACCAGGGAGGCGUGUACAUAUUUGGAGAUGGGCGGGGUUUAAUAGAGAGUAAUGAUAUCUAUGGUAACGCUUUGGCGGGAAUCCAGAUCCGAACCAACAGCUGCCCCAUUGUACGACACAACAAGAUCCACGAUGGACAGCAUGGGGGCAUCUAUGUGCAUGAAAAAGGACAAGGGGUGAUUGAAGAGAAUGAAGUGUACAGCAAUACCCUUGCUGGAGUCUGGGUCACCACAGGAAGCACUCCUGUCCUCCGCAAGAACCGCAUCCACAGCGGCAAACAGGUUGGUGUGUAUUUCUAUGACAACGGCCAUGGUGUGUUGGAAGACAAUGACAUCUACAAUCACAUGUACUCUGGAGUCCAGAUAAGGACGGGAAGUAACCCAAAGAUCAGGCGCAACAAGAUUUGGGGAGGACAAAAUGGAGGCAUUUUGGUCUACAACUCAGGUUUGGGCUUCAUAGAGGACAACGAGAUCUUUGACAACGCGAUGGCCGGUGUGUGGAUCAAGACGGACAGCAACCCCACGCUAAGACGAAAUAAAAUUCACGAUGGCAGAGAUGGCGGCAUCUGCAUCUUCAACGGAGGCAGAGGCCUGCUGGAAGAGAACGACAUCUUCAGGAAUGCUCAAGCUGGUGUUCUGAUCAGCACCAACAGCCAUCCAAUACUCCGCAAGAACCGCAUUUUUGACGGCUUUGCUGCAGGUAUUGAAAUCACUAACCACGCCACAGCCACUCUGGAGGGGAACCAGAUCUUCAACAAUCGCUUUGGAGGCCUGUUCCUGGCCUCAGGGGUCAACGUAACAAUGAAAGAUAAUAAGAUCAUGAAUAACCAAGAUGCCAUCGAGAAAGCUGUGAGCAGAGGACAGUGUCUCUACAAGAUCUCCAGCUACACCAGUUACCCCAUGCACGAUUUCUACAGAUGUCACACCUGUAAUACAACUGACAGAAACGCCAUCUGUGUUAACUGCAUCAAAAAAUGCCACCAAGGGCACGACGUAGAGUUUAUACGGCACGAUCGGUUUUUCUGUGACUGUGGAGCAGGAACGUUGUCUAAUCCGUGCACGCUGGCCGGAGAGCCCACCCACGACACGGACACUCUGUAUGACUCUGCGCCGCCCAUAGAGUCCAACACGCUGCAACAUAACUGAAGGCGUCCGCUCCACUUCCACUCACAUAAACAUCCAAAUACAUUACAUUGCACGUCGAAACAUGCGCACACACUCACACACAUGCUGGCAG